GCAGCUCACUGGGUUUUGAAACGCAGCCUCUCUCCAGUGCAGUAUCCGCCAUAUUGUUUAUCAGGAGACGCCGAGAGGGCCACGAGGAAUGACGUUUAGGAUUUCUGUGUCUCCUGAUUAAGUUCCUGGAUGUCCUCUUUCACUAGUACAAAAAUCAGCCUAUGCUCCACCAUAAAGUCAUCACAUACUGCCUUCAUCAGCCCCAGCUGUAAUUUGCUGCUUGGAGGAGCCCUCCAAGGUGUUUCAGGGAAUACUGUGUGUAGAAUAUGUCUGGCCCUGUCCCGAGUCGCGCUCGAGUUUACCCUGAUGUAAACACACAGCGAUCCAGAGAGUACUGGGACUACGAAUCCCACGUGGUAGACUGGGGAAAUCAAGAUGACUAUCAGUUAGUGCGAAAGCUCGGCCGGGGAAAAUACAGUGAAGUGUUUGAAGCCAUAAACAUCACAAACAAUGAGAAAGUAGUUGUCAAAAUGCUCAAGCCAGUGAAAAAGAAGAAAAUUAAACGAGAAAUAAAAAUUCUGGAGAACUUAAGAGGAGGCCCAAACAUCAUAUCACUUUUAGACAUCGUAAAGGAUCCUGUGUCACGAACGCCAGCUCUGGUUUUUGAGCAUGUUAACAAUACAGACUUCAAGCAACUGUAUCAAACAUUAUCAGACUAUGACAUCCGCUUCUACAUGUAUGAAAUUCUGAAGGCUCUGGACUACUGCCACAGUAUGGGAAUAAUGCACAGAGACGUAAAACCACACAAUGUCAUGAUCGACAAUGAGCACAGAAAGCUUCGUCUGAUUGAUUGGGGUUUGGCAGAGUUUUACCACCCAAACCAGGAGUACAAUGUACGGGUGGCAUCCCGUUAUUUUAAAGGCCCUGAACUCCUUGUGGAUUACCAGAUGUACGACUACAGUCUGGAUAUGUGGAGUCUUGGAUGCAUGCUAGCAAGUAUGAUCUUCAGGAAGGAACCGUUUUUCCAUGGACAUGACAACUAUGACCAGCUGGUUCGGAUUGCAAAGGUUCUGGGUACAGAGGACCUGUAUGAUUACAUUGACAAAUACAACAUUGAGCUGGACCCACGCUUUAAUGACAUUUUGGGCAGACACUCCAGGAAGAGAUGGGAGCGGUUUGUGCACAGUGACAAUCAGCAUCUGGUCAGUACAGAGGCUCUGGAUUUUCUGGACAAGCUGCUACAUUACGACCACCAGGAACGAUUGACGGCCCGUGAGGCCAUGGACCACCCUUACUUCUACCCCAUAGUUAAAGACCAGGGCAGAGGAGCGCCAGCUUCAGGAAUUGCUGCCAGUUCCACACCAGUCAGCUCUUCUAGCUUGAUGGCAGGCAUCACCUCAAUGACUCCGAGCAUACAGCCUAACAUCGCCAACAUGAGCGCUGGCUCGCCUGUCAUUCCUGCCCCAAACACAAUGGCCACACAAGUGCCCACUGCCGCUGGAGCCCAGCCCUGAGCACCAACUGCCCCUACCUUCCCCCUUCUCUUUCUCACGACCCUUUAUCUCUAUCUUUCAUCCCUCUAUCUGUCUUUCUCUUAAGUGGGGCUACUUGUGAAUUGUUGGGGGAGGGGUGGGGCGAUUGAUUUAAUUUGUCGUUAUUUUUAUGUGUUAAAUAACAAAGAACUAAUGUUAAGUUACCGUUUUAUUUUUUUUCUUCUCAGUUGUGUUUAGGGAUUUAUGGACUCAAGAAACCCAUGUUUUUCACCUGUCUCUGUGAGUUAGAAAAGCAUAUGGGUGUGAGCUUCUCACCGUAACUGUUUAGAAACCCACAAAUGUCCACCUGAAAAAGGAUAAUAAAACAAAUUUUAUAUGUCCCUCUAGCAUUCUUGUGCUUGAAACAAUCUCAUUGACUGACUUAUUUUUAAUUGUGUGUGAUUUUGGAAGGCAGGGAUUUUUAGAAAGGGUUUUGGUUUAGUUAUACCCAUUAUUUUAGUCCCUGCUUUAAGUAUUUUUACAAUUUGAGUCUUGUUCACAAAACCUGGUGUUGUAUAUAUUGAACUUUUCAGAGUAAAUAUGCUGAUAGAGUCUGUUGUCCUUGUAUUUUGAUGAAUAUAAAUAGGACAAGAGAAGGCUCAUUCUAUGUCUGUAGUUUCUCUAGGAGGCUUGCUGGGUCUGAGAGCUGAUGGGCAUAGCAUUUGUGUAGUGUCAUAAUUUUCCCCAUCAUGCUGUGUUUCAGAUCUGCAUUUGGACUGGAGGACAGAUUCAAUCAAAACUACAGUUACAUUUCUGAAGAUUCGUGUUCAGUCAUUGUGUAAUACUUAACAAUAAUGAAAUCUUUUGUUUCAGUUCAGCUGUGCUGGUUUUUUGUGUAGGGCAGGUUAAUUGGAUUUGGUCCCAAAUCUUGUUAAACUCUCACUAGUUGCUGUUUGAGAAUUUGUACCAAUUGCUGAGUAACAAUCAAUAACAUGCCAAUUUUUGUUACUUUCGUGUGUGUGUGUGUGUGUGUGUGUGUGCGUGCGCGCGCGUGCGUGCAAGCACACGCGCAUGUAUGAGUGGAGUUUUAAGUUUCAGACUUACAAAGUUUUUUUUUUUUUGAGAGUAGACUGUUUAUUGAAAUACACUUCUCAUUCUACCGCACAAUUAAAUCCGUUAAACCAGUGAAAUAUCAGUUUAGCAUUGCAUGUUGUGUUUUACUGUGGUUUGCCUUUGGUUGGCUUAUGGAAGAAUGAACAAAACAUUAUAUGGACCGUUUCUGUGACUCCCGAAGCAUCUGUCUAGGAAAAACAGAAUCUUUUAGUACCUUAAUUGUUUAAAUGUUUCUUAUUGUUCUUUUUUUUUUUGGAAUUGUCUAUUAGUGAAAUAUCAGAUGUUAAAGACUAGCUCUGUAGUGGAGGCUGAACUUAUGUUUGUCCUCGGCCUGUGUUAGUGUGAAAAAUCUAAAUAUCAUAGUGUUGUAAAUACAUUCAUUCGUGGUUUGCCAUAUAUAAUUUUUGCAGUCAAAGAUAUAUAUAUAUAUAUAUAUAUAAUUUUAUUUUAUAAAUAAUUUAAGAGAAAAUAUGUUUAAGGAAAAAGACCAUGCCACUUUCUUUAUUAAGCUGUACGUUUAAUGUAUUAAAGUGAAUGGUAUGUUUGUAGUCAGGUGGAAGAAAACAGAGGCUACCUCAGUCACAUUUAUAUGGAAUUCAAUAAAGGAAAACAACUGU